AUGGCCUCACCUGAAGGGAAUCAGCCGCACGGCGAGACGAGCCUGAACGUUGACAUUCCAGCCAAUGGCUUCAGCACGAUCCGAGAGGUCGACACCGGUGGCGAUUUGAUUCUGGAAAUCCAACACGAGAGAGCCGUCUUUGAUAACCAACCGCGGCUCCACCGGCAGCGAUUCCGUGUCAGCUCUUCCAUGCUCAAAGCCAAUUCCAAGUACUUCAAUAGCCUGCUGGAAGGCCGAUUUGGCGAGAGUCAGCGCAUACAAAAGCAGUGGGAUGAGUUACAAGAGCAGUAUAAAAGCGUAUCUGGUGCACCGGGUAUGGAGCUUCCAGUCAUACACAUCGAGGACAUUGGACGAAUAUCGAGCGUCAAAUCUAUUGAACCUUUAUGCUUCGAUUUCCUCUGCAUUCUCCAUGGGCAAGAUAUGAACGCUGCCCCGCCCGUAGCCAACCUCGCCAACCUUGCCAUCGUUGCAGAUAGAUUCGACGCACUCGACCCGGUUCGCAACUACAUACGUCGGAAAAGGUACUUCCGAGUUAUAGAUGGCAAAGCAACUGCAAAAGUGGACGAUGCGCUGUCCGAAGAAAGAGUGAGACAAAGAUUACUAUCCGCAUUCUUUCUAGACUAUGGUUUGUGGCUUGAGAAGUACAGCCUGCGACUCAUCACGAAGGGCUGGGUGGUGAGCAAGGACUCGGUUGCGCUAUGGUGGGAUCUUCCGGGCAUGCUCGAGGAGGAGCUUGCUUUUCGAAGAAACUGUGUUCUGGAAACAAUCCAAUCCGCGCAGUCGCACUUGCUCAGCCUAUACACCUCCCGCGAAAGACAAUGCAGGCUCGGCUACGAUAACUCCGCUCAGUGCGAUUCUUUCCAACUUGGCGAGAUGAUCCGUUUUCUGACCCGCAUUGGAACUCUUCAAAUGAACGGAACCAUUAGAGACACCACCGAGCUACUUGAACCGUAUGCUGGAGACGUCUAUACUUUGGUCGACAUGCUUCGGCAAGCACCUGAGUAUCAGAUCGACAGGAAUCAUACUCAUUGUGGAAUCAGGACCAGACUGAUCCCGAUGCUGGAACUCAUCCUCGAAGGCGUAUCACAGCUAGGAGUAUGUUCGCAAUGUUGGUCACAGAAUCGCGCAGAGCACAGCUGGAGGAAGUCGAAGCGGCCUUUGACAUGGAAGAAGUCUACCUCUCGACUGCGAAAUCUUGGGCACCAGGAGCUGCAUACUAAUGUAAAGGCGCUGUUCAUGGCCACGCAAAGGGACUGGUCGUCGUGA